AAUGGUUAGGACAACAAACAUCCAUCUCGUUUGUACUUUGGAUAUCCAUAUAACCAUCAAAGACCGUUAAAGUGACUAAUUCCUGAAAAUAGGGGGCGUUGAGUACAAAGAAAUUGUUGGAGUUACUAUUUCUAUAUAAAAAUAGAUUAGUGUUAAGAAAGGAAAAAACCUCUGGCAGGGAGGUUGGCUAGAAAUUUCUUGUAAAAAUACUAGCCCCUCUUAGUUCAUAAUGAAACUAGUAAAUUUUGGAUUGCAUGGAUUACUUAGUACUAUGCACUGAAGGGAGGAGCCGUAUGAAAUGAAAAUUUCACGUACAGUUCUGGAACGGAGAUUCUUUGCAUAAAAUGAACGACCGUAACGGAUGUCAGCUCAAUCGGAAGGAAAUUAUGCAGAAGCUUUGCAGAAUUAUUAUGAAGCUACACGAUCAGAAAUUGAUCCCUAUGAUCGAAGUUAUAUACUCUAUAACAUAGGCCUUAUACACACAAGCAACGGAGAGCAUACAAAGGCUUUGGAAUAUUAUUUCCAGGCAAUAGAACGAAAUCCAUUCUUACCGCAAGCUUUUAAUAAUAUGGCCGUGAUCUGCCAUUACCAGGGAGAACGGGCCAUUCUACGAGGUGAUUCUGAAAUUGCAGAGGCUUGGUUCGAUCAGGCUGCUGAGUAUUGGAAACAGGCUAUAGGGCUUACCCCAGGUAAUUAUAUUGAAGCACAUAAUUGGUUGAAGAUUACGAGACGUUUAGAAUUCGAAUAAGAUCAUUCUCUUUUUUCUUUUUAAUUCAUUAAAAUGGGUUGUUGGAUCCAUUAAUCAAAUAAAAUAAAAUAGAUUAUAUCCUAUGAUGAGAUCCAAUCAAGAAUUUCAUUAUAUCCCUCUUCCUUCUAAAAUCAUUAUUGUAUGG